AGAGUGUCGCUGCACACAACUGAAACCCAAGGAGUCGUAGCGGAGAGGAAGUCUACACUGACCGCUGAGGCUUCCUUCCUCCUUCCCUCCCGCCUAGCCUUCAUCGUCUCCUUAUAAUCGCCUCCUGCUUCACCGACACAACCGUAUCUCGCUCCUCGUACUGCGUCCUCAAUGGCCAUCGCGGUCGUCCUUUCCGUGCUCCCGCUGCUCCUCGCACCCUGGUGCGUCCACGCCCAGCCGUCGCCGCCCUCCGGCCGCGGAAACAACAGCAGCAAUAGCUUCUACAAUUAUGACGCCAAGUUUAACCCCGCGAUGUCCAUCGUUAUCAUCGGCAUGAUCAGUGUUUUCUUCUGCCUUGGGUUCUUGGCCAUUUACAUCCGAUCCUGCACCGGCGACGGAGGGGACCUCGGCGUGUCCUCCCCCCGCUGGGCAGGCGGCGGCUUUGCUCGGUCUCGGCGGCAGCAGGGGCUGAAACCCGAGGUGCUGCAGACGUUCCCCACGCUGAUGUACGCGGAGGUGAAGGGGCUGAAGGCAGGGAAGGGCGCGCUGGAGUGUGCGGUAUGCCUCAGCGAGUUCGAGGACGACGAGGAGCUCCGCCUCCUCCCCCACUGCAGCCACGUCUUUCACCCGGACUGCAUCGACGCCUGGCUUGCUUCCCACGUCACCUGCCCGGUCUGUCGCGCCAACCUCGCCGAGCAAACCACCGACGGCGGUCUCCACCCGCCGUUUGUUGCCGUCCCAACGGCGGGCAAUCAUCCCGAGUCCGCUGCCCUGCCACAAAAUCAUGUUGCAAUCCCCGUGAACUCUGCAGUGGCGGAGGAGGAGGAGCGGAAGGCGGCCAUGGAACUGGCGCGAAUUGGAAGCCAGAAGCGGGAGGCUCGGUCGCGAUCCGGGCGUCGGUCGCCGAAGUUCCCACGAUCUCAUUCGACCGGGCAUUCCGUGGUCCGGUCGGUGGAGGACGUGGACCGGUACACCCUCCGGUUGCCGGAGCACAUAAGGAAGGAGAUCUUCGCCGCCCGGAAGCUCCACCGUUCAGCAAGCUGCGUCGCGUCCCCAAUCGCCGGGGAGGGAAGCUCAAGGAGCGGGCACGGUGGCGGCGGCGGCGGCGGCGGGGAGGGAAGUAGCCGCGGAUGGUGGAGCUUCCGCCCUCGGAAGUCGGACCGGUGGCCACCGUUCUUCUUACGGACGCUGUCAGUGAAGGUCCCGGCGUGGGUGACGGGGACGAAAGGGGAGGGCGAGUGCUCAGUGCAGAAGGGGGAAGCGGAGGGCUCAGUCAAGAGAAGGGUAGCGGCCGUGAGGACGUCCUUGGAAUGCCUCGGAGGCGGAGGCGGAGGCGGCGGAGGACGAGACGAUGACGAAUCCCCGACCAGCUCCCUGACUCGGCAAGUUUGACCGUGUCGAGCUCUGCAAAUUCUUGCUUGUUGACUUGGUUCCAGUUUUCACUUUAUAUAAAUACAUAAAAUUACAUA